UUCCCUUAACGUUACCCCCUCCCUCCCCUUUUGCUGAGCGGGAAAGCGAAAGUCGGAGGAUGUUUUUCUGCAGUCGCAGCGCGGCAUCCUUUCGCCACUCCGUUUCUCCCGCGAGCCUGGCGGACCCGGUUCUUCCAAAGAUACCCGCUUUUCUCUCUCGCUCUCUUUCUUUGGUGCUGCUGGUGCUGGUGCUGCUUUGGAGAGCUCUUUGAAAAGGAUUUACUGCCAUGUCUGAUUUUGAAACUGAAGAUACUGAAGAGCCUAUAACUUGUCUGCAAAUCACUAUUUAUCAUCCAAAAGAAGAAGAAAAAGCAGUCUUUCGGGGUUUAAGCUUCCAUCACCAACAACAGCUGAGAGCAGAUGACAUAGUGAAAUUUGGAAGAGAUUCAAACAUCUGUUGUUUUCACCUUGCAGAUUCACGGGUUUCACGGGUUCAGUUUGCCCUUCAGUUUUUCAGGCACUUCAACAGCUCAGAGUUUGGUUUUGAAAUUAAGAACUUGAGCAAAAAGGGAAAGUUAACCGUGGAUGGUGUUGAACUGGCCUAUUUAAAUAAAGUCAAUCUACCAGAUAAAUGUAUGGUUUGCUUUGGAGAUUACCAGAUGCAAUUGGAAAAAGAAGAAGGACAAUGUGAAGACUACUUUAACAUCUGUUUUGAAUUGGCCAGGAUGCCACUAUUACAAGAAAAAAGUCUAGUUUUGAAAAAACCAGUAUGUGAAAGUAGUUCGUAUGCCCAAUUUCCAACAGAGAUGGAUGAGAAUGAAUAAAUUGGAAAAUUCCAUGAAAACAAUUUCAGUGGUCAGUUUUACUUUGUGUGCUAUGGUAGUUGAAAUGAUAUCUGUACAUCUGUAUCGUCACUUGCAUUGCCAAUAGACCAGCAUCUUUCUGGAGCUACAAGAGGCACUUGAUGAAUGGCCAAUCAUAAAAAUUGAAUAAAUAUUGUUUCAAUAUUGCUAUCUUUGAAAACU